UGCCAGCCGCCGCCGCUCCACUUCUGCCGCCCGUGCUCCAACUUGGCGGGUGAGCCCUUCCUCGACACGCAGGAUCUCUUCCCCCUACCACCAACAGCAUGGAGAGUGUGCGUGAGCUGCAAAACCCGCUCUUGGCCAAGGCCAACGGACACCUUCGCAGCAGCUAUUCUUACCACCAGCAUCACAGCCAGGACUACUCCAGUCAUCACUGCCAAGGGAAACUGUAUUCCUACAUCUUCCAAAACGCUGGCAGUGCCAGGACUCACCAGCUGCUGGAUGCCAGUUCCCUGCAGCUGGCUGUUGAAGCCUUGUACGGCCCCAGUUUCAUCCUUGUGAAGGAUGAGACCACUCUCAAGGCCAAGGACAGCAAAACAGAAAGCUGUGAAACCACUUUUACAGAAAGCAAAGAGGCUCCAUCCGAAGCUCCUGAAAGGCACGAGGCGCAAGGGUCCUGCCUGGUAGAGAGUGACAUCCGCAUCCAAACUGUGUCCUAUGAGGUGGAGGAAGACGAGCUCCAAGAGUACGAGAGCGACUCCUCCAGCGACAGCGAAAGCGAGGAUCAUUUCCUGAUGCUUCCCCCCAGGGACCACCUGGGUUUGGCCCUUUUCUCCAUGCUGUGUUGCUUCUGGCCCCUGGGGAUUGCUGCUUUCUACUUCUCCCAAGGGACCAGCAAGGCUGUCUCCAAAGGAGAUUUCCAUCUGGCCAGUUCCGCUUCCCGUCGAGCUCUCUUCCUUGCCGCGCUCUCCAUAACCAUCGGCACAGGAGUGUACAUCGGGGUGGUGGUAGCACUGAUUGCUUACCUCUCAAAAGGGGGCCAUGUAUAGCUGCCACCUGCAUGUCACUGCCGUCCCUGGCUGGGGCCCUCCUGGGAUUGAGCUUUCCUGUGGAGCACAGAGCACCAGUGCCUGCAAAGGCUGCUUGCACAGCCAGACCCUGGCAUGGAUGCACUAUGCAGGUUUUUUCUCCUUUCAGAGAAACAGUAAAUCCCUGUUCUCUCCAAGGCUGUAGUGUGCCACCAUCCAACAACAGGGAAUUGAGAACCAGUCUGGCUGCUGGGACCAGGAGGAGCACAUUUGCCUGAUGGAAGAUGUGCAUGCUGCUGCUGGGCUGGUGCCACCACCCCUCAUCUGGGGCCACAGCUUCCCUUCUCAGCCCUGUAGCUGGAAGAGCCAUUGCUGGUGCCCAAGUUUGGCCCACGAAGAGGGCACACAGGGAGGAGAGGGGAUAUGGGGCCAGAGAAUGACCGCUGUUUCUUCCAGGAGGCCUGAGUCCUGGUGGGGUCUCCAGACUGCUGUGAUGGGGACAGUAUUCUCACUUCAGCACCACGGGGUGGCACCUGGUUCCUCAGAUGCAGUGAAGUAGGAGGACAGAGCAUGAACAAGACCAAAGGGCAUGCUCUACACAUCCCUCUGCUCUACACAUCAGAUCCCUGAUCCACAGGAGAAAUCCCAGUUGCUGCCCCAUCCCAGAAGCAAGGAGGAAGGCAGGCUGGUGGUUGCACAACAUCUCUUCCGUUCCUGGUGCAGGCUGGUAAAGACAGCAAUGUUUUCUCCAUGUUAAUAAUGACUGUCAUGAUGAUCCCAAGUCUGAGCCCCCAUACAGUUGCCAUCCCAGAGUGCUGGGCCCUAAAAAGACUUGUAAUUGAAAUCUCUACUCAAGAAGUGACCUGGGAGGGGUGAGGGCCUGAAGGAUUCUACUCUUGGCACUAGGUCAGGGCCCUGCACACAAAGAAGGAUGGAAAGAAAAGGCUGACAUCACAUGCAGAGUCUGAGGUGGGAGUGCUGUUUGCAAGGGGAUGAGAUCCAGAGAAGGAAGAGACAUGGGGGGAGCCCAAGACACAGGGGCUCACACACUCCUUCCCAUGCCUUGGAGAGGGAUAUCUCCAUCCUUCUUAAAGCCUCUGCUGACAAGGAAAUCCCCAGCAUCCCCACAUACAUCUUCCUUUUGCUCACUUGUAUAUUGUCAGAGACAUGUUAAGUACUUCAGAGGUGGGUAUGAAGGCAAUGGCUGCCCCAAAAAGGCAUUAAGAGGCUAUGCCUCACCCCCUACUCCCCAGCAUCUACCUUGACCAUCCCUCCUCUCCUGGCCAUGGCUCCCCUGUUGCCUCUUUCCCUCAUGUGCAGGGGACUGCAGGCAAACUCUGGGCACCCCUCACCCCCUUCCCAAGGUUUCUGGGCAGGCUGCAGCCAGCUUUGCAAGAGGCACAACAUGUUCCUCCAGCUGGGUGCCAUUCAAAUGUACAUUUCAUACUAAAGAAGCAUGUUAAUGUCUGCAAUUGCUGUUGUACUUGAGUCAUAAAAGAGAGAAGCGCAUCAGAGACCUGUACAGAAGCUGAUCUGAAACUUCCCAUUACGUUUUAUAACAUGGAAGAGCUAAUAAAAAAAGCAAGAGAAAAGUCUCUGUUUAUGAGAAUGUGGAGCUGGCUAGCAAAGAGGUGAGCUUUGCAGGAGUGCCACGCUUAUUUAAACCAGGAGGUGUUUAUGCUGUUCCCAAAGGAAGUUAUAAUCUAGCCAGUGUCUGGGCAACUUGGAGGGAGAUGUAUUUCAAUGUAGAUCACAGUGAGCAAGUAACACUGAGAGCGGGAUGGUGGUGUAGGCUGUUUUCCUUGUGUGGAAGGGACGAGAAUUAGGGAGAGAGAGACUGGAGCAAUGUGUGUGUUCUGGCUACUGUGUGUAUAGCAGCAGCAUAAAAUAAAAUGUGCUUGAAGAGGGGCAAAAGAAUACAAACAUAGGAGGGAACAAGCAGAUCUUGCUUCUGAUGGUGGACAGAGACAGAAUUUGCAGGGAAGGGCUGGGGUGUCCAAAAGAGAUGAGGUGGCUUAGAGAGGAGUGAUAAGGGGCAGACUCACCCAGCAGUUGAGUGGCAGUUUUCAUUGCCCUGUCCUGCAUGUGCUCAGCCAUCCUGGCUGUCCAUCCCUCCAAAUAACCAAGCAAGACAAGAGCACUAUUUCAGGGAGGGGAUGUCUGUGGGUACCCAUGCAGCCGGGGCGACCAGCCCCACAAGCCCCAGCUCAUUGCUGUCCCAGCUAAAGCCCUCCUUGUCUAUCCCCUUCAAGCACCCCCAGCUGGGGGGCAGGGGUGGAGGCUUCCCACCAAUUCUGGUCCAGACAAAAUCAUUGGGGCUGCUAGACCAAAAUCUACAGUAAGAAAUUGCAUUUACCUGUGCAUUUGUAAUUCUUCCAACUGGAUUCCUCCAGGGCUGCCAUGGGGGGUGGGGUCAGCAGCCCCCAGCCCACUCCCCAUGGGCAGCCUGUGCCCCUGCCCCCCAAAUUGCUUCUUUGACUUUUUUUAAUUGGAGGUGCCUGGGGAAGGACCAGGCCAAAGGACCAACAGAAUUAAAGUAUUUUCCACUGAUAGCCUGAAUCUCUGAUGACCUUGGGGGUGGGGAAGAGGAGAAGGGGCUAUGUCAGAGCAUCUGUAAGGGGGGCAUUAUGCAAAUGGAGAAAUUAGUCAGAAACAGCCUGAAGGGAAAAGUGGAAAUUGAAAUCUGAGGACCAGCAUGGAGAUCGCUGCUGAAUAACUUAUUACAGACUCACAGCAUUGCUGCAGCCACCUGAGCAGAAGGGAAGGAGGCAAAAAGGCAACAAGACACAGCAAAGGAACACACAAGCUCCAGAAAUUUGAUUAAGCUUAAAAAAAAAGUUAAACUAAACCAUGCCAGUGGCUGU